CUGCCUUGGGGAGAAUUUCAUAUGCAGGGGAAGCAGUACAUAGGGGUUCAAUUCAUGGUGAUACCACAAAAGAUGGUCAACACCUGACCAGAUUUUCUGCUUCAUCACUGUAUCUCUCUGCCCUCAAGCUGGAUAAAGAAGUACAAGUCAAUGAUGAAAUGCUCACACUUAGACGGCCUGUUUUGGGGAGAAGAGCAUAUGCAGAGGAAACAGCACAUGCAUAUUCAAUUAGUGAUGAUAUCACAAAAGAUGGUCAAUACCUAACCAAAUUUUCUAUUUCAUCACCAUCUAUCCCUGCCCUCAAGUUGGAUAAAGAAGUACAAGUUGAUGAUGAAAUGCUAGCACAUAGAAGGUCUGUUUUGGGGAGAAUAUCAAAGGCAGAGCAAAUGAUACAUACACAUUCAAUUAGUGAUGAUUCCAGGAAAGGUGUUCAAAAUGAGGAACAACCUAUUCCUGAGAAAGAAGAGAGGGACAGAGAAAAAUCAGUCGAUAGGAGAGGUGUGACACACACCAAAUAUAUAAUUUUGAAGUCCAAGAAGUCACCUUCUUCAUAUACGCUCCACAGAUCAGAACUGUAUCUGAACCUCGGAGGGACAGAGCAAAAGAAACAGGAAACUCAAGGUAAACCACCUGGUAAGGUGGUAAGAAAUGUUUAUCUUGCCACACCUCCAACUAAGCCGAAAUUGGAUAAAGGUACACAAGUAGAUGAAGGAAAGCUUGGAAUUAAAAAACCCUCUCUACGUCCACGAAUGAUUUCAGCAUUAUCAGAUGCAAAGAAGAGAACAGACACAAAGGGAAUUAGUGGUGAUGUAAUAAAAAGAAAACAAUGUAUGUCAGAGAAAGAAAAAAAGCUUGAUGUGAAAAACGUAGACAUGAGGCUACGGACCCAUCACAAAAAAUCAGCGAUUUCACCAAUUCCGGAUGUCCUUAGUACAAAGAAAUUUGUGUUGAAUGUUAUUAAAGAGCCAGGGGGAAAAGUACACAAAGAUAAAGAUGAACCAAGUAUGGUCCUGACAAGGACUUUUCUUUCUAUCCCUUCUGCACCUGUUUAUUUAGAUUUAGGGAGCAAAACAGACAAAGACACACCAGGAAUCACAGGAUCCUCUCAUCCAGAGCAAAAUCUCCAGGAAACAUCAGAUACCCAGAAAACAGCAAUUACAGAAUCAGCUGCUGGUGAGAGGGAAAUUGUUAAAAAUGCAGAACACUCGGUGCCAGAAGAGGCCAUGCAACAGUGGACGUCAAACUUUGUGAUCAGUGUACAGCAAAGGAGGGAACCUCCACAAGUCAAAUCUGAAGGAGAUGUGAGUCAGUUACUUUCAGAUUCGCAGCAAGAGGACUUUUAUGUCACAGGGUAUGGUACUAUAAAAGGUGGGAAAAGGCUAGAAGGUUUCUUUGCAGGGUCAGAGGCUCAGCAAGAAAAAUACAAACCAGAAACUUUGGCUACAAUUCUUUCCUUCCCCAUGAUGGAUCUCACUAAAAUUGAAAGUCUGAAGAAAGAAACAGAAAUAAUGAAUAACUUAAACCAUAAAAUAAGUCCUCACGUUCUAGUUUCACUGCCAAGGAAACUAUCCAAGGAGAUUUAUGCCACACUUGGCUCCCCUGUCAGUUCAGAAGGAUUUUCUGCUUCAAAGCAAGGUGUCCACCACAAAGAAGGAGCUUUAUCACAAGCAUCUCCAGCAUCUACAGAUCUAUGUAAAUGUGAUAAGCCAGAAGAAGAUAGACAAAACAAUGGAAAAACAAGUGAAAUGUCCCCUCCCAAAGUGUUAGCACCACAGAUAAAGGAGUCCCUUGAGGAAAUGAAUAUCACAGAGUCAGAUGCACUCCAAAAUGCAGAUCAAGAAAUCGUCAUGAAAAAGCAAGUGGUGCUGCAGUCUGGGAGUGGACAAAAGACCAGAGUGGAUUCUAGUCUUUCUCUGAAAAUUCCACUUCAACAUGUAAAGCAAAGGACAUCAUUGGAAAUAGAUGUGCGCAAGCAAACUACAGUGUGCCCUGGAAUACAAAUGCUACCAGGAAUACAAAUGGGUAUGACAGAGUUUGAUGCCCAAAGAGGGAAAAAGGAGCAGACAUUGCUUGUUCCCGAUAAAGAGGCACACAAUCUAGAAUCGCUUCAGAAGUCUGUUUCCUCCUGGACUUUUCCACUUCAAUCUGGAGAUGUGGGGAGAAAAAAUGAAACUGACACUGGCUCUACUGGAAAUCUGAAGCAAAAAAAGUUAGAAAUGAAAGAAGGGAUAUUAAAAAUAGAUACAAACAUAGCUGUCCAUCUAGAAGAGGACAAAAUAGAAAUGUACAAACAAACCAUUGUUAAUCUGAAGGAGGAGACCAUAAAAAUGGACACAAGCAAUACAGUAAACCUGAACACUGCAUCUCUAAGGGCAGAGGAACCUCAAAUUGAGACUCAGGUAAUCACUCCUAUGGCAAACAGAUGCCCAAUUGAGCAAAAACAUAAAAAGGAACGAGCAGUGUCCAGUGCAAAACAUAACAUUCAACUACAAAAAAUGCCUCAAAAGCGUGCUCUGGAUUCAUUUUAUGCUCAUAUUCCUCUUUCUCCCAAAUUAGGAGGCCAGAAAGGCAGAUUAACAAUAGCAGACUUGAAAAGAGAAUUGAGCCCCAAAUAUUUAAAUAUGAAAAUCCAAAAGCAUCCAAUUCUACAGAUUCUAGGCAACAUGGGACGAGGUACUCCAAGCGAUCGAAAGAAAUUAGAGUAUAACUUUAACAAAUCAAAGAAAAUAGCUUUGAGAAGAGGAGAUGCCUCAGAAAUAUUUAUCAGAAGUCUUUCUAUUUCCACAGUGAGUCCAUCUCAGCCUAAAGAACCAGUAAAAUCUCAGACAAACCUAGAAAGUGCAAAGAGAACCCGUAUUUCAGAAUUCCAGAAGAAAUCACCAAAUACUAGUGAAACUAUGAUGGGAGACAGUUCAAGCAUUGUAAAAGAAGGGAACCAGAAUUUUACAAACACAAUUCCACAGGAUUCCCAGCCCUUCAUGGGGGACAAACAACAAAUGCACAAACUUCCUAACAUCAAAUCAGAAGCAAACCUCAGCAGUGAAAUAAAUAAAAAUUUAGCUCCACAAACGAAUGAAAGGGUUGUUCCAGACCAAGAUAACUCAAGGAUCAUAAAAGAAGCUGACGUGCUUAUGACCAAACAAGAAAAGGCACCAAAACCCAUUAAAACACCUACAGAGUGUCUACUCAUGUCUGAAAAUCCAAAGGAAAAUGUGGAAAGGAUCGUAAAAGAACCUAACAUGCUUACGGUUGAACAAGAAAAGGCACCAAAACUCACUGAAACUGGUACAGGGUGUCUACUCAUGUCUGAAGAUCCAAAGGAUGUGGAAAGGAUCGUAAAAGAACCUGACAUGCUUACGGUUGAACAAGAAAAGGCACCAAAACUCACUGAAACUGGUACAGGGUCUCUAAUCAUGUCUAAGGAGCCAAAGGAAAAUGUGGAAAGGAUUGUAAAUGAACCUGACUUGCUCAAGGUUGGAGAAGAAAAGGCACCAAAACCCAUUAAAACACCUACAGAGUGUCUACUCAUGUCUGAAGAUCCAAAGGAAAAUGUGGAAAAGAUUGUGAAAGAACUUAACAUGCUCAUGAUAGAGCAAGAAAAGGCACCAAAGCUCACUGAAACUCCUACAGAGUGUCUAGUCAUGUCUGAAGAUCCAAAAGAAAAUGUGGAAAGGAUCGUAAAAGAACCUGACUUGCUUACAGUUGAACAAGAAAAGGCACCAAAACCCAUUGAAACACCCACAGAGUGUCUAGUCAUGUCUGAAGAUCCAAAGGAAAAUGUGGAGAAGAUUGUAAAAGAACCUGACAUGCUUAUGAUCCAGCAAGAAAAGGCGCCAGAACCCACUGAAACACCUACAGGGUCUCUAAUCAUGUCUAAGGAACCAAAGGAAAAUGUGGAAAGGAUCAUAAAAGAACCUGACAUGCUUACGGUUGAACAAGAAAAGGCACCAAAAUCCAUUAAAAUACCUACAGAGUGUCUAGUCAUGUCUGAAGAUUCAAAGGAAAAUGUUGAAUCGAUCGUAAAAGAACCUGACUUGCUUAUGGUUGAACAAGAAAAGGCACCAAAACCCACUGAAAUGGGUACAGGGUGUUUAAUCAUGUCUGAGGAUCCAAAGGAAAAUGUGGAAAAGAUUGUAAAAGAACCUGACAUGCUUUUGAUUCAGCAAGAAAAGGCACCAAAACCCAUUAAAAAACCUACAGAGUGUCUAGUCAUGUCUCAAGAUACAGAGGAAAAUGUGGAGUGGAUUGUAAAAGAACCUGACUUCCUUAAGGUUGGAGAAGAAAAAGCACCAAAACCCAUUAAAAAACCUACAGAGUUUCUAGUCAUGUCUCAAGAUACAGAGGAAAAUGUGGAAUGGAUCGUAAAAGAACCUGAGUUGCUUAUGAUUGAACAAGAAAAGGCACCAAAAACCACUGAAACACCUACAGAGUGUCUAAUCAUGUCUAAAGAUCCAAAGGAAAAUGUGGGAAAGAUUGUUAAAGAACCUGACAUGCUUAUGAUCCAGCAAGAAAAGACACCAAAACCCACUGAGACAUCUACAGGGUGUCUAAUCAUGUCUGAAGAUCCCAAGGAAAAUGUGGAAAGGGUUGUAAAAGAACCUGACUUCCUUAAGGUUGGACAAGAAAAGUCACCAAAACUCAUUAAAACACCCACAGAGUGUGUAAUCAUGUCUGAAGAUCCAAAGGAAAAUGUGGAAAAGAUUGCAAAAGAACCUGACAUACUUAUGAUCCAGCAGGAAAAGGCACCAGAACCCUCUGAAACUCCUGCAGGGUGUCUAAUCAUGUCUAAAGGUCCAAAGGAAAAUGUGAAAAAGAUCAUAAAAGAACCUGACUUGAUUAUGAUGGAGCAAGGAAAGGCACCAAAACCCACUGAAACACCUACUGGGUGUCUAAUCAUGUCUACAAAUCCAAAGGAAAAUGUGGAUACUCACAUGAAAUGUACCCUAAAUAUGAGCAGUUCUCCUCCAAGGGUAGAAGAACCACAAGAUGAGACUCAACUAUUUGAUACCAUGGGCUGUGCCUCGCCACUCGAUCAGAGGGAUCAGAGUGAACCUGUACAGGACACAGCCAUACAAAAGGUCCAGCGACAAGAAACUUCUCUAGGAACUGUGCCUAUUCAACCCCAAGUUAAAGGUAGUGAAAGAAAUACAGUGGGAUAUAGUCCAAGUGCAGGAAUUAUGAUUCCUCUUUGUGAAGCAAUUAAAAAUGUUCUUGAAUCCCAGAUAAAAAACAUGAUCCAAAACAAGUUUUUUCCUAAAAACCUUGAAAAAGUAAAAGACAAUAAACCUGAUGAUUGGAACUCACAACUUUUCACAAGGGGUCCAGGUACACUAUCCAUGACAAUACAUCCUGAAUUGCAGCCAAAACCUAUUUUAGAAAAUUUUACUUGCAAAGAAAAAAUCAAGCUCACGAAUCACUUAGAGUCAAAAGCACCUGAAAUAAGACUGAAUUUGAUACCAGAGGUGGUAAAACAAUCCUUCCAAAGGUUCAGCUUUUAUCAAAAAUUGGCUAUCUCAAAACAUAACAGUUGGAAGCUCUAUCCAAGACAUAAACAAAUGUUCCUUUUGCCUCUGGAAGGGAUUGAUACUAUAGAAUUUAACCUAAAACACAAAUACGAAAAAGACUCACCUCCUGUCAGUUGUAUGAAGUCACUGAUUGUUAAUGUUUCAAGAGGCAGUGAAGAGGCAGUGAACACUACAAAGUUAAAGAGGAUGAAAGAGCUAGAAAGUGGAGUGCCUUCACUGACUUCUGCUAGAGAGAAAACAUUGCCUCAUAUUCUCCAGAACUGCUCAGUAGGAGAAAAAAACAAACUCCUCAUACACUUUUCUAAGAAAACACUGGAGAUUCAAAUGAAAGCCUUCCCCAGAAUUGUAAGGGAAUCUUACACAAUGGCCAAUGCUCAGGAUGCAAGGAAACCUUUAUCUAAAUGUGUCCAUUCUGUGGUCAAAGUACCAAAACGAAAAAACAGAGUUUUGUUACUUUUUGAGGCGAACUCUCUUCAUCAAAUAGAUCUUGAUUUACAAUACAAAUACUUUCGUUUUCUCCUGGGUUCUCCAGUUGCAUGGAUGUUCCCUAAGCCAACUGCAUUUCCCAAACAUAGUCUUAAAUUACAGACAGUUGCAAUAUGUAAAAAAGGAGACAACAGUGGGGAAAGUGGCGGUCAUUCCAUUGAUACACAACCAUUAGAACAUAUCCCUUUCAAAAAACCAAGUUUCCAUGAAGAUGCAUCAUUAGUCAGAAAUUUCUUGGCACCUACCCAGGUGUGUGCCCUUGACCCUGAUCAACACAGCACAGUGCAGAAAGAUACCAUGGCUCUUUCUAAGUUAAAACCUCAUGCUACUCCAGAAAAAGAUAAACAAUGUCAUGUAUGGUUUCAAGAAACAAAUACAUAUGAAUCUGUUGAUUUAAAGAUUCAGAAAAAGGCUCAGGAUGUAGGCGGUUCCCAUUCAAUUCAGAAUUUUGAAGAUUUUACUGACAGUCAGACAGAUAUCGAGAAUUCAGAUAACUUUGAGGACUGCUCAGCUCCUGAUGUACAUGAGAGUGAAGAUUGUAUCUUUUUAGAUGCCACCCCUUAUUUAAGUCAGGAAGCAGAGAGUAUUCUAUUUGAAUUACAGAAAGGCAUACCUGUAGAAAAUCUCUACAAGAAGAAAGUCAAAAUGGGUUUGAAACCACUUUACAGUGAAGAUGUGGGUUCCCAUCAUAUUAGAGGUCAUCGACAACAUUCCUCAAUUGUGACACCCCAUUCUUAUGAACCCCAUAAAAGCAGGACACACAGGUCAUCCUCCAGUAUUACACCACCUUCUUAUGAAUCCCACAGAAGCAGGAAACGUGGAUGGUCCUCCAAAAUGACACCAUCAUCUCAUGAAUCCCACAGAAGCAGGAAACCUGGAUGGUCCUCCAAAAUGACACCAUCAUCUCAUGAAUCCCACAAAAGCAGGAAACCUGGAUGGUCCUCCAGAAUGACACCAUCAUCUCAUGAAUCCCACAGAAGCAAGAAAUGUGGAUGGUCCUCCAAAAUGCAGCCUCCUGACUGGUGGUGUCACAGCUCCUUAAAUACUGUUGAGCUUCCAUCUGUAUCAUCUUCCAUUUCCUUCAACAGGGAGAUGCUUUCACAGACUACAGUGAGCGGGAAAAAUUAUUCUUUAGUUCCCUUAACAGAAUCCAAUAUUAAAUUACAUCUUGCAAAAAGCCAAGGCAAACCUCACAGGCAUUCAGAAAGCAGAGAAAGAAGGAAGGCCAAAUUGGACUUCUUUAGAAAGAACAACAUGCCUUGGGAAUGUGAUGACAGUUACACAAAGAAUAAACAGAAACACACAGGAAGGAAGAAUGUGAGGGAUUAUGAAUCAGAAAGACUGGAUUAUUUCCCAAGUAAAUACAAAUCAUCAGCAAAACCUCAUCAAGAGGAUAUCAGCUUCCAUUCUGAAAAAAAACAAAACCAGCCAUUUUUUUAUGCCUGUAUACCAGCAGACUCGCUGGAGAUUAUACCCCAAACCAUUCGCUGGACUAUUCCCCCCAAAACUGUAAGGAAGAGAAACUUUAGAGUUCCCCUGGUGGUCAAGAUUUCAACUUCUUACAGUAUAUGGAACUCAUCCAAAAAGUUGUUGGGAUCGCUGUUAGAGUCCUUCAGCUUACUUCAUUAAAAAUGAUAUUACCAUUUCCAGAUUCAUCUCGAGAGGACAGCUGGUUGCUAAGAUGAUAUUCUUUGCAAAAUAAAAUC